GUCUACGGCGUGUGGCUGAACAUCUCCAGGUUUUCCUUCCAGCCUAGUAGAACGUAGCGGUCUACGGUGUGUGACUGAACAUCUCCAGGUUUUCCUUCCAGCCUAGUAGAACGUAGCGGUCUACGGCGUGUGGGUGAAAGAAACAUAUAGCCUUGUUAACAGCGCUGAAUCCAUCCCACUGAGCGGACGAAACCGUGAUCUCCCAACCGGUGCCGCUGACUGACGUUGUAAGAGAUAAGAAAACGGUUUAAAAUGGAUUACUAAAAGCAGAUAUACUACAAGGGUCUGAAUCUGAACGAACAUUCAAGAUAUUGAAAUAAUCUCGUUUCUGCGUGGUGAAAAUUGAUUCAAUUCUUAGUGUAUGAGCGGCGGGUGAAGACGGAGGAGGGAGACACCGGGGCUGCAGUUUUCAAUUCAUUUUCGUGCUGGCGGAUAUUUUGGAUCAAACAUUAUGUGUCUCACUCGGUGAGGUCGCUUUUUUUCAUUCAUGUGUUAGCUAAAGCAUACCGCCGUCAAGCCCGAACCAAGCCUGCUCUCCCGUCCACGUUGGAGGAUUUUCUCCCUCGUCUGGCGAAGAGCGCAUUCAAGCGAGCAAAGUGGCAUUUGGUUUUUAAGAAAUGGAGUCGGAAGAUGCGGAUUGUCAACUGCUAGACAUUCCUGAUGCAUGUUUUUCUAGAACAUUUCAUACAUCACUGGGUGGUUGGCUGUAUUAACCACACGUUGAGUGAUUGUGAUAAUUAUAUGAUAGCGGACGAAGACUAAAGCUCCUUGUUUCCCUGCUGGAUUAAAACACACCGCAGUGGACGCAAGACAUUCCACAACACAAGGCGACCGUUAGUCUGCUAGUCAGGAGUUAGCAUCGGCUAGCUCGUCUCUGGCUUCCCAACCUACUAACUAGUCAACGGUUAGGAAUACUAGUCAGGAGUUAGCAUCGGCUAGCUCGUCUCUGGCUUCCCAACCUACUAACUAGUCAACGUUUAGGAAUACUAGUCAGGAGUUAGCAUCGGCUAGCUCGUCUCUGGCUUCCCAACCUACUAACUAGUCAACGGUUAGGAAUACUAGUCAGGAGUUAGCAUCGGCUAGCUCGUCUCUGGCUUCCCAACCUACUAACUAGUCAACGUUUAGGAAUACUAGUCAGGAGUUAGCAUCGGCUAGCUCGUCUCUGGCUUCCCAACCUACUAACUAGUCAACGGUUAGGAAUACUAGUCAGGAGUUAGCAUCGGCUAGCUCGUCUCUGGCUUCCCAACCUACUAACUAGUCAACGGUUAGGAAUACUAGUCAGGAGUUAGCAUCGGCUAGCUCGUCUCUGGCUUCCCAACCUACUAACUAGUCAACGUUUAGGAAUACUAGUCAGGAGUUAGCAUCGGCUAGCUCGUCUCUGGCUUCCCAACCUACUAACUAGUCAACGGUUAGGAAUACUAGUCAGGAGUUAGCAUCGGCUAGCUCGUCUCUGGCUUCCCAACCUACUAACUAGUCAACGUUUAGGAAUACUAGUCAGGAGUUAGCAUCGGCUAGCUCGUCUCUGGCUUCCCAACCUACUAACUAGUCAACGGUUAGGAAUACUAGUCAGGAGUUAGCAUCGGCUAGCUCGUCUCUGGCUUCCCAACCUACUAACUAGUCAACGUUUAGGAAUACUAGUCAGGAGUUAGCAUCGGCUAGCUCGUCUCUGGCUUCCCAACCUACUAACUAGUCAACGUUUAGGAAUACUAGUCAGGAGUUAGCAUCGGCUAGCUCGUCUCUGGCUUCCCAACCUACUAACUAGUCAACGGUUAGGAAUACUAGUCAGGAGUUAGCAUCGGCUAGCUCGUCUCUGGCUUCCCAAGCUACUAGUCAACGUUUAGGAAUACUAGUCAGGGAGAUACGCUUUUUCUGGUCACUUCGGUCCACGUUCUUGGCCUUUUUGUGAGCUGAGACGCGACCAUAUUGGGACCAUUCAUUAAUUGGGUCGUUUUUGUUUCUGACGCUGUGAGGAAGUUUAUUUCCCCGGAAUGAAGUGCGGCACAGAAGAGGAUCAUUUGACCUUGUUCUGGGGUCUGCUGCUGUGUGUCUCCGCGGUCUGCCUUCGGCCCGCAAAUGGAGAAAUUUGCGGUCCCGGCAUCGACAUUGGUAAUGACAUCAGUGAGUUCCGUCGCCUGGAGAACUGUACGAUCGUCGAGGGUUACCUCCAGAUCCUCCUCAUAGGAGACAAGAACUACAACCUCAACCAGGAAGUGUUCCGAUCGCUCUCCUUCCCCAAACUCACCAUGAUCACUGACUACCUGCUGCUGUUCAGAGUCUCGGGCCUGGACUCCCUGUCCACCCUGUUCCCUAACCUCACGGUGAUCCGAGGACGAAAUCUCUUUUAUAACUACGCCCUGGUGAUCUUUGAGAUGACUUCUCUGAAGGACAUCGGUCUCUACAGCCUCCAGAACAUCACGAGAGGAGCCAUCCGGAUCGAGAAGAAUCCCGAGCUCUGCUAUCUGGACUCUAUUGACUGGUCUGUGAUCAUGGAUGCUGAGUUGAAUAACUUCAUAGCGGGGAAUAAACAGAGUAAGGAGUGUGGAAACGUGUGUCCAGGCAUCAUGGAGGAAAGCCGUCAAUGCAUCAGGACCAACUUCAACAACAACUUUAACUGUCGCUGCUGGACCUCCAACCACUGUCAGAAAGUGUGUCCUGAUAAGUGCCAUGCGUGUACGUGGGAUGGUGAGUGUUGUCAUGGCCAGUGUCUGGGUAGCUGUACUGAGCCUAACACUGAUACGUCGUGCGCUGCCUGUCUCCACUACUACCACGAGGGGCGCUGCGUUCCAGACUGUCCCCCCGAUACCUAUAAGUUUGAAGGCUGGCGCUGCGUCACCCUGGACUUCUGCUCCAGCGUCCACCUGCCCGACUUCGACCGCUUCGUCAUUCACAGAAGAGAGUGCAUGUCUGACUGUCCUUCUGGGUUCACACGCAACAAGAGCAAGAGUAUGUUCUGCAGUGCGUGUGACGGGCUGUGUGAUAAGAUCUGUGACGAGAAGGUCAUUGACUCCGUGGACGCGGCCCAGUCUCUGAAGGGAUGUACCGUCAUCAAGGGCAACCUACAAAUCAACAUCCGCAGAGGACAGAACAUCGUGUCUGAGCUGGAGAGUUUCAUGGGAUUGAUCCAGACAGUGACGGGCUACGUGAGAAUCAGACACUCUCAGACGCUGGGCUCCCUGUCCUUCCUCAAGAGCCUCCGCUACAUCAAUGGAGAGGAUUUGAUGGAGGACAUGUAUGCGUUCCAUGCAGUAGACAAUCAGCACCUCCAGUUCCUGUGGGAUUGGACCCAGCACAACCUGACCAUCCGGGCCGGGAAACUGUUCUUCCGAUCCAACCCUAAACUCUGCAUGUCUGAGAUCCGGAAGAUGUGGCAGAAGACGGGCAUCACAGAGAAGUUUGAAGACGACGACUUCAGGAACAACGGAGACCGAGCUAGCUGUGAGAGUAAGAUCCUGCGGUUCAAGUCCAACAGUACGAUGUCUAACCGUAUCAAAGUGACCUGGCAGCGCUACAGACCCCCAGACUAUAGAGACCUCAUCUCAUUCAUACUAUACUACAAGGAGGCUGCGUACCAGAACAUCACAGAGUUUGACGGCCAGGACGGUUGUGGUUCCAACAGUUGGAACAUGGUGGAUGUAGACCUUCCCCAGGAGAAGAAUUCUGACCCGGGGGUUCUACUGUCCCCCCUCAAGCCCUGGACCCAGUACGCCAUCUACGUCAAGGCCAUCACUCUGGUGGUCGAGGACAGACACGUCCUGGGAGCCAAGAGUGAAGUGGUCUACAUCAGAACCAGCCCCUCAGAGCCCUCCAUGCCCCUGGAUGUGAGAACGUACUCUAACUCCUCUACUAACCUGGUGGUCCGCUGGUCUCCCCCUGCCUCCCCCAACGGGGACGACCCCUACUACCUGGUCCGCUGGCAACAACAGACUGAAGACAGAGAGCUGUACCAACACAAUUACUGUUCUAAAGAACUGAAGACCCCGGUCCGUAUAGCUGCUACCGGGUUGACUGACAUGGAGGAGGACCUGAAGCCUACUAAACCAGACGUUGGUGGGGGGGACAAGGGGCCGUGCUGUCCCUGUCCUAAAUCUGUAGGAGACCUGGAGGCAGAGGCAGCUGACGCUUCCUACAGAAAAGUCUUUGAGAACUUCUUACACAACUCUAUCUUUACCCCCAGACCUCCAGACCGGCGCCGUCGGGAUCUGUUUGGCGUGGCUAACCGUACCGUCCACCGUGGUGUGACCACCUACCCUAACGCCACGUCCCCUGAUCUUUGGGCCAACGCUACAGAGGCGGAGUUAGCGGACAGGGAGUAUGACUUCGUGGAGUGGGCAGUCAGCGAGCGGGAGCUGCAGAUAACUGGUCUGCAACCGUUCACGGUUUACCGGAUCGACAUCCACGCCUGUAACAAGCAGGUGAAACGCUGCAGCGCGGCAGAGUUCGUCUUCUCCAGGACCAAACCUGCAGAGAAGGCGGAUGACAUCCCAGGCCCAGUGAUCUGGACUGGAGAGGAUGAUUCUGUGUUCCUCCGCUGGCCUGAACCCUCGUCCCCCAACGCACUCAUCCUCAUGUAUGAGAUCAAGUUCAGACUGGGCACUGAGUCAGAGAAGCACGAGUGCGUGUCUCGCCAGCUGUAUAGAGAGCAGCAUGGUGCCAGGCUCAGUAACCUCGGACCUGGUAACUACUCUGCCCGGGUCAGAGCCACCUCCCUGGCUGGCAACGGAUCCUGGACUCAACCCGUCUCCUUCUAUGUGGUUCAGGCCCAACGUUAUGAGAACUAUCUCUACAUCAUGAUCUUUGUUCCCAUGGCAGCAGUCCUGAUCAUCUGUCUGCUGGCCACGUUCACCAUCAUCAACAGGAAGAAGAACAGUGACAGACUGGGGAAUGGAGUUCUGUACGCAUCAGUCAACCCUGAAUACUUCAGCGCUGCAGAGAUGUAUGUACCAGAUGAAUGGGAGGUGUCGAGGGAGAAGAUCACGAUGAACAGAGAGUUGGGUCAGGGGUCGUUUGGCAUGGUGUACGAGGGCGUCGCUAAGGGAGUUGUGAAGGACGAGCCAGAGACGUGUGUGGCCAUUAAGACGGUGAACGAGUCAGCCAGCAUGAGAGAGAGAAUCGAGUUCCUCAAUGAAGCUUCUGUUAUGAAGGAGUUCAACUGUCAUCAUGUGGUGCGUUUGCUGGGCGUGGUUUCUCAGGGCCAGCCCACCUUGGUCAUCAUGGAGCUGAUGACUAAAGGAGAUCUGAAGAGUCACCUGAGGUCACUACGGGCUAAAGAUCCGUCCCAGUCCUACAGUCUCAACCUCCCUCCUCUGAAGAAGAUUAUUCAGAUGGCUGGGGAGAUAGCUGACGGGAUGUCCUAUCUCAACGCUAACAAGUUUGUCCACAGAGACCUGGCCGCCAGGAACUGUAUGGUGACAGACGACUACACCGUCAAGAUAGGUGAUUUCGGUAUGACCCGAGACAUCUAUGAGACAGACUACUACCGUAAAGGAGGAAAGGGGUUGCUGCCUGUCCGGUGGAUGUCCCCCGAGUCCCUUAAAGAUGGAGUGUUCACCACCACCUCUGAUGUCUGGUCUUUUGGGGUGGUGUUAUGGGAGAUA